GGGUAGGAUACGAUAGAUAACACCCAAGACUUCCCUCCGUCCCUGGUGCAAUAAAAUGUCAAUAACAUCAUCAAAUAUUAUUAGAAAAUAGAAAAAGGAAAGUGAGAGAUAGAACAAGACUGUAACAAGACUGAGAAGAAACAAGAGGUCUUUGCUUCCUUCCUUCCUUCCUUCCUCUGCGCUGUUCGAUCUCUCUUCAAUCGGACUUGAGGGGCUUGAAAAAAAAAGGGGGGAGUCGAGUACUUUGAAAUUUGAAAUUCUGAUGCUGAAGAAGUAGGGCAACUUUGAAAGUUUUGCUUGGGUAGAAGGAAAUGUUGGAGGGUGGUGCCAAAUUCCCUGGAAUUAUAGGUCUAAACAACCAUGACAACAACUAUUAUGAUUUGUCGCAAGGCUUUUACCACAAACUCCAUGAGGGUGAGGGUGAGGGUACCAACAUGUCUAUUGACAGUAUGCAAACGAGCAAUGAUGGAGGCUCUGUUGCCAUGUCUAUAGAUAACAGCAGCGUUGCUUCAAAUACUAACGAUUCCCAUACUCGCAUCUUGAACCACCAAGGGUUACGGCGACGUGCAAAUGACAACUACUCUGUCCAAACCAGUGUUAACCGCCGAGGAAGAGUCACACAUGCUCUGAGCGAUGAUCAGCUUGCUCGAGCCCUAAUGGACAGCCAUUCCUUGACACAGGGGCUUGAGAAUUAUGAAGAGUGGACAAUUGACUUAACAAAGCUAAACAUGGGUGAAGCUUUUGCACAAGGUGCUUUUGGGAAGCUAUAUAGAGGUACUUACAAUGGUGAGGAUGUUGCUAUUAAAAUUCUGGAGCGGCCAGAAAAUGACCCAGAAAAGGCCCAGGUCAUGGAGCAGCAGUUUCAACAGGAAGUCAAGAUGCUGGCUGCAUUGAAACAUCCAAACAUAGUUCGUUUUAUUGGUGGCUGCCGUAAACCAAUGGUUUGGUGUAUUGUAACAGAGUAUGCUAAGGGCGGUUCAGUUAGGCAGUUCUUGAUGAAGCGGCAGAGCCGAUCAGUUCCGUUGAAAUUAGCAGUCAAGCAAGCUUUGGAUGUUGCGAGGGGGAUGGCAUAUGUUCAUGCUCUUGGGCUGAUUCAUCGCGACUUAAAAUCUGACAACCUGUUGAUUUUUUCAGACAAAUCAAUAAAAAUUGCUGAUUUUGGGGUUGCCCGCAUUGAGGUGCAGACAGAAGGCAUGACACCAGAGACUGGGACAUACCGUUGGAUGGCUCCGGAGAUGAUCCAGCAUAGGCCUUACACUCAGAAAGUUGACGUUUAUAGCUUUGGGAUUGUUCUUUGGGAGCUUAUAACUGGAAUGCUUCCCUUCCAGAACAUGACAGCAGUGCAGGCGGCAUUUGCAGUUGUCAAUAAGGGUGUCCGACCUAUCAUUCCCAGUGACUGCUUACCUCUUCUUGGCGAGAUCAUGACGAGAUGCUGGGAUGCCAACCCUGAUGUCAGGCCACCCUUCACUGAAGUUGUGAGGAUGCUUGAGCAUGCAGAGACUGACAUCAUGACGAAUGUCCGCAAGGCCCGUUUCAGGUGUUGCAUGACGCAACCAAUGACAGCGGACUGACCCCAGAAUAAAAAUUGGAAAACUAAACAGUUAUCUAUAGCAUAAAGAGAAAAACAAAAAUGGAAAAGAAGAAAAAGAAGUGAGAGAAGGUAUUGUAGCCUUGUGUAUUUAUCAGGUUUUA